AUGGACGAUAAGACUAUGUACAAGUCGUCAACGGCCUUCGAUAAGGAGACAUCGAGUGAUGAUGUCGUCGCCGCGGGACAGGUCAUUGACUACUCCGGGGAGCCGACCAGUUCUCAUCGUGGAGAGCUACACCGAACAUUCAAGGCCCGCCAUAUUCAAAUGAUCACACUCGGCGGCUGUAUCGGCAGUGGCUUGUUCAUCAGCACUGGCAAGGCCCUGCACGAGGGUGGUGCGGCCGCCAUGCUGAUCGGCUACUCCUUGAUCUGCAGCAUGGCGCUGGCGGUGAUGAAUCUCCUGUCCGAAGCGACGUGUAUCUGGCCUACCUCUGGUGGCUUCAUCGAGCAUGCUAACAGAUUCGUCGAUCCUGCCAUGGGCUUUGCUUGCGGCUUUACUGAGUGGCUUGCUUGGGUUACUGUCGUUGCGGCCGAGGGUGCAAUCGUCCGAGUCAUCUUGACAUACUGGACAGAAGCCAUUCCCACCGCCGCGGCAAUGACUGUCUACCUCGCCUUGGUGUUUGGUAUCCACGCAUUGCCCAAUCGAUGGUUCGCCGAGUUCGAAUUUGGCACGGCCUCUGCCAAAGUCAUGUGCAUGAUCAUCAUCCUCAUCACCAGCAUUGCCUUGAUCGCCGGCGCAGGAAAGGACGAUGGUACACCCCACGCCUACAACUACACGACGGCACCUGCGUUCCCCAACGGCUUCAAAGGGGUGGCUAUGACGUUCCUGCUUGCCGCCUGGGCCACAGGUGGGCAAGAGAUCAUGUCGCUGUCGGCCGCAGAAGCGCAGCGACCGCGCUAUGACAUGCCCCGGGCGUGCAAGAACUUGUUCUUCCGCAUCUUUGCAUUCUACGAGUUGUCGGUGGUUUUCCUGACCAUCCUCGUGCCGUACAACGAGGAGCGACUCCUAGGCACCGGCACCGUGGCCAGUUCUCCUUUUGUGAUUGCAAUGGUCAAUGCCGGCGUCAAGGGCCUACCGGACCUCAUGAACGCCGUCAUCCUUUUGGGUCUCGUGGCCAUCGGCGCCGAAUCCUUGUACGUCUCGUCGCGUGCCAUGGUCGCCAUGUCUCAGAUGGGCAUGUUCCCCAAAGUCCUGGGGCGCAUCGACAAGCGCGGCCGUCCUCGCUGGGCGCUCCUGGUCACGGGCAUCUUCUCCACCAUUUUCACCUACAUCAACUGCUCCAGCACCGGUGGCGUCAUCUUCACCUGGUUCUCGUCCGUCUCAUCGACCGUCUAUUUCUUGUCCUGGCUCAGCAUCAGCGUCACCAACAUCCAGAUGCACCGGGCCAUCAAGGCACAGAACGAUCCGGCAUGGAAGUUGCCGUACGCCUGGAAGUUGCCGGCGUUCCCCCUGACGGCCGUGUACCUUUUCGUCUCCUCGUUGUUCGUCCUCUUUGCGACGGGAUACGUGAGUUUGUUCCCCAUCGGUGGCGCCCCGCCCAGCGCCGAGGUCUUUUUCGAGACCUUCCUCGCUGUCCCGCUCUGGAUCGCAUGCUUCCUGGGGUACAAGUUGGUCUUUCGCACCAAAUUUGUGAAUCCCGCCGAAGCCGACCUGCAACAUGGCCGGAGGCCGUUGAACGAGGAGGACAUUGCCUUUUUCGACCGGUACUUUGCGCAACCCAUGUGGAAGCGACUCUUGUCGUACGUGCGUUUCUGA